AUGUCAAAGUGGCUGCUUCUUAAAUUUUGGGUGACUUUACCAAUGAUAUGUUUGGGCCAUGUAACAUUUACCAACCUUAACUGCAGUUCGCAUGACUUGGACUUUAUGAGUUUUCCCACGUGUCGCAUUAAGGCGGUUAACCGAACCCAUAAGUAUAUAAGUAUAUACGCGAAAAUAAAUCAGCUUCCCAUUGUUGAAGUUAGGGUAAAUGUUAAAUACAAACGCUUUGAUAAUGGAUACAAGCCAUUUUUUUUCGAUCUAUCCUACGAUGGCUGCCACUUCUUGAAAAACCAGAAAAAUAUAUUUGUUAAAACGUUAUAUAAAACUUUCCAACGCAGUUCUAACAUGAAUCACACCUGUCCCUAUAAUCAUGAUAUAAUAGUGGAUAAACUCUUUACCGGAAAUCUCGAGGAGGAAUACGGAAGAUUUAUAGUAAUACCAAACGGAGAUUAUGCAAUAUACACCGAGUGGAUCGUAAGUAAAGUUGCACGAGCAUCAGUAAAAAUAUAUUUGAAUAUAUUGAAUAAGUAAAGGUCAUCAUCUAAGGUUUUAUUGAUGCCAAACUAAGCAUUUAUAUACAUACGUCUUAAUAAUGUUUCUAACUUACCUGUUUUGUUCCCUAUAAAGUCAUAAAAGUUGUAUUGAUUGUGUUGAAAUGAUUUAAACCGGAAUUGUUUUUUUAUUACAUUUCUGCGCCGGCUUAGUCUCUGUUUAAUUUCAUUUAACCUGGACCAGAAUUUUUCGUAGGUAGGUAUUUUUCCAGGAACGUCUGAAAGCAUCACUCGAAAUAAUUCAUCAAAAAGCGUGCGUAAGAGGAAGGAGGGUCCAUUCAUUAAUAAUAAAUUAAACAUAUUCCCUGGCACGCCUUUGCCAGUCCCGGCGAAACCAGCUCUCCUCAUCCGUCUGGUUUCUGGGGAUUCUGGAAUGGUUCUUGUGGAUGAGGGCACUCAUCCCCCAACAUCGUUGCUGUUUUUGCUCGCCUAAUGACCUAGAAUACAAAUUCAGGCUACCUCCAUUCCCCGUCCGCCGAUUAGUGAAAUCCCAGGGCUACGGCUAUCAAGGCUGCCAAGUCAUCCACAGGCAGUCGCUGAAACGGAAGCUAAUCGCUUGACUAAGUUCCUUAGUGCCCCCACUCACCAGCAUGACCCAAUCUUUAGCGGAUUGCGUAAUAUAUACAGACGGGGUCAACAUAAUAGCGCAAUUAUGAGGGCAAUUAAGGGGCUGGCAAUUUAUCUAUUGGGAAGUAAUUGUGGAAUUACAUAUUUAUCUACAACUUAAAGUUAUUUAUGCCGAAGCGUGUCUUACUUAAGGAAGUCACCGAUUUGAAAUACAAGUAGUGGAUUUUAUGUAUAAAUAUACAUAUUUAGUUCUAGGUAGUGGGUCCGUGCAGGGCUAGUUCUUGAGUUGGAGUAUUUAAAGCUGAAAGAAUGCAUCUAUAAGUGCUCAGCUCUAUCCACCUGGCAGCCACUGUAUACACUGUAUGUGUGCAUUGCAGAUGCCGACGGUCAAGGUGGAAGCUUUGUGGCUUCGACUGUUUGUCUGUCGGAUUAUAAAUGAUUUGCCAUUAAUUUUACGCAAAUGCCAGGGGCAGGCAGACAGAAAGCAGACCGGGAGAACAUUAACAUUUGGCAUUGGGCAGGCAGGUAGUCGGCCAGUCAAACAGAAGUGAAUAAUCAAUAUCAUUUGAUUACAUUGAUAACGCUUUUUUGUGCCGCUUUUUUUCCAUUUCUAUUUUUUUGCGGUUUUGUUCUGGGGCCUUACUUUAUCGCACUGCGAUUUCGAUAUCCAAAUGCUUUCGUCACUGGCGGCAUGGCCGAAUGUCUAGACGUUAGCUCCAUAAAUGUAUUAUUGCCUCAUUUUGCUUUUGCUUUCCAUGCGCUACACUUAGUCCCGAGCAAAUAAAGCGGGUAUAGCGCCUACAGCAUGCGACUUGUUACAAUGUGCUGACAUUUGUGUAGUACCUAUAGGAAGUUGGAAUGCUUUCACUAAAUAACACCUCUAGACUUUUUAGAUAACAAUAUCCGAAAGGUCGCAUUUACGAGAAGUUUGAGUUAUUUAAUAGUGAAGAGUAUCUUGACUUGGCUUUCGCAUAAAUACCAAUUUCUUUGUAUUGUUUUCGGCGCAAGAUUUGUUGUCUUUUUUAGGCUAGUGAUUUGAAUAUUAUUGAACGUCGUCUGGCUGACGUCGCGACGUCAGAGCACUGACGCAUACGGGAAUCGGUAGGAAUAGCCAUAACCCGUAACCCAUACCCCGCAACCAAUACCCGAUACCCAGCACCAAUGGCGGCCAAAACAAUGCAGCUGAAGUCGAAGGAAGUCGCAGAUGAUCAGAGGCCUCGAAUGCCGCUGGCGACAGUUGCAGUCGAUGUGGAAAAGGGUGUGCAUUCGGUCAGGAUGUGUGUGCCUCCUUUUCCCUUGCGAUAAUAAAGACAACCCAUUUUUUUGUGCUGCAUAUUAAGCCGAUGAAAUGAAGCGCAAACUGAUUGUGCUCGUUUUCUGCUUAUGGUGGUGGGGUUAUGGUCAAAACGAUUUGCUGGACAUGGCAUUAAUACCAGUGUCCCCGCCCCUGGGAUCUGCGGGUCCUUCUGGACUCCAUUCCCACCUUUCACAUGUAAGUGCAGCUCAGGGCGGCAACUACAAAAGGCGGAAAGCGACGACAGACGACGACGAUGACGACGACAACGUUUUGAGUAUCUGUAUCUGCCGCUCUGCCACAGCCACUGAUAACAACUGGAGCGGCAAAUCAAGAGGGGAGGUCGUGUUCCACUCUGAAGACUCAGAUACACUUGCGUAUCAUGUAACAAAAUGUUAUGUCAACAUAUAUUUUAUAGGCAGUCACUAAGUUAUUUUUUUUUAAAUUAAUUAUUAAACUUCAAAUUUCUUUUAAAGUUCAGACAGGGAUU